AUGGUGCAGCCAGGGCUCAGUGACAAUGAAGGCUCCUCAGAGGAGGAUGGGCCCUAUAUAACAGCCGAGGGUCGACAGGAGCCAACUAGCAGGAGAAUGAGGCACAGGCAUGCCAGGACCUACAGCCAGAAGCUGAGUCAGAAGCACCUCCAUCCUCCAGCUCUGACCCAGCAGAUUGGUCCAGAAACUCAAAAUCUGAUUCAAGCGGAUGGAAAUACACAGAAAGGUGUAACAGAGCAAAUAUUUAGACUGUACCGCCGUAUUGGUGAUGCCUAUCCACGUGCUAUCACAUACACUGUGGUAGCCAUCAGCUCUGUAGUUACAAAUAUGGAACUUAGAGAAACUGUGAAUGCCACAUUCUAUUGGUUCAUAACGAUGCAAGCCAUGUGUGGUUAUCAUUCACAGACAUCAUUUGAGCAUAAACAGUUUACAGCACAAAUUGAAGUGAUACCAUGCAAAAUUUGUGGUGACAAGUCCUCUGGAAUACAUUAUGGAGUCAUCACAUGUGAAGGCUGCAAGGGAUUCUUUAGGAGGAGUCAACAGAACAAUGCUUCAUACUCCUGCCCAAGGCAGAGAAACUGUUUAAUUGACAGAACCAACAGAAAUCGUUGCCAACACUGCCGACUGCAGAAGUGUCUUGCCCUAGGAAUGUCUCGAGAUGCUGUAAAAUUUGGAAGAAUGUCCAAAAAGCAGAGGGACAGUCUGUAUGCUGAGGUACAGAAGCACCAACAGCGACUGCAGGAACAACGGCAGCAGCAGAGCGGCGAGGCUGAAGCCCUGGCCCGCGUCUACAGCAGCAGCAUCAGCAAUGGCCUGAGCAACCUGAACAAUGAAACUGGGGGCACUUAUUCAAAUGGGCAUGUCAUUGAUCUGCCGAAGUCCGAGGGUUAUUAUAAUGUGGAUUCUGCCCAACCCUCCCCAGAUCAGUCUGGUUUAGAUAUGACUGGAAUCAAACAGAUCAAGCAGGAACCUAUCUAUGACCUCACUUCUGUACCAAACUUGUUUACCUAUAGCUCUUGCAGCAACGGGCAAUUAGCUCCAGGGAUAACCAUGGCGGAAAUAGAUCGAAUUGCACAGAAUAUCAUCAAAUCCCAUCUGGAGACAUGUCAAUAUACAAUAGAGGAAUUACAUCAGCUAGCCUGGCAAACCCACACAUAUGAAGAAAUCAAAGUAUACCAGAGCAAGUCAAGAGAAGCAUUGUGGCAACAGUGCGCAAUCCAGAUCACUCAUGCUAUUCAGUACGUGGUGGAAUUUGCAAAGCGGAUAACAGGCUUUAUGGAGCUCUGUCAAAAUGAUCAAAUUCUACUUCUCAAAGCAGGCUGCUUGGAAGUGGUUUUAGUGAGAAUGUGCCGUGCCUUCAAUCCACUCAACAACACCGUUCUCUUUGAAGGAAAAUAUGGAGGAAUGCAAAUGUUCAAGGCUUUGGGUUCAGAUGACCUGGUGAAUGAAGCAUUUGACUUUGCAAAGAAUUUAUGUUCUUUGCAGUUGACGGAGGAGGAAAUUGCCUUGUUUUCAUCUGCUGUCCUGAUAUCACCUGAUCGGGCUUGGCUGUUAGAACCAAGGAAGGUCCAGAAGCUUCAGGAAAAAAUUUAUUUUGCACUUCAACAUGUGAUCCAGAAGAAUCAUCUUGAUGAUGAGACUUUGGCAAAGUUAGUAGCCAAGAUACCAACUAUUACAGCACUUUGCAACUUGCAUGGAGAAAAACUGCAGGUAUUUAAACAAUCUCAUCCUGACAUAGUGAACACACUAUUUCCUCCAUUAUACAAGGAACUUUUCAAUCCAGAUUCUACCACUGGCUGCAAGUGA